CAUUAUCCACUUCCUCCCCUUUCUCCCUACCGUCUCUUCUUUCUUCGUGUUGUCGUGGAUAAUUUUGGUGCCACCCACCAUUCCCUCCCGAGUCCCGAGAUGAAAUGGCGCCGUCGCCGAUGCUGCCACGGCGGCUCAGCCUAGUAGUCAGGGGAGUAACAGCGGCGGCAGCCAUCAAACAUCCCAAUAUCCUCAGCUACUCCCUUGGCCCUGACAGCGGCUCCUCUUCUUCGUCCAGCACGAGGAGCAGACGCUUCUCCUCCAACGCCGAGCAGUCCACCAGGAGCCGGAGGUGGUGGUAUGACGAGGCCCAGCUCGACGACGACUACGACGAGGAGGAGGGCCCCUCGUUCGGUGGCUCCGCGAGCUGGGACCAGGCGUUCGACGAGCCAUGGUUCGCCAAGGUGUCGCGGGCGUACUGGUACGUGCUCCCUCUGAUUCUGGCGUCCAUGCUGCUGGCCACGGGGCGGCAGGCGUUCCUCUUGGCAAUCGCCGUCCCGUUCGCCCAAUCCGCGGCCUCCUUCGCCAUACGCGCGUUCUCUAGUACAUUUGGCGGUAGCCAAGAAGAGUACCACGGUGACGAUGAUGAUUACUACUCCGAUUACAGAAGCAGCAGCUGGGAGGAAUUCGGAGAACAUGGAUAUAAAAGCACCUCCUACUCGACCAAGUAUAGAGAUGGCACGAGCCAGCAGCAGCACUCAUGGACGAAGGAUGACAACUCGGAAGUUUCAGAAACAAGCGAGGAACCAGAUGAUACUGACGUUUUCAGUGCCAGCAGCAGCAACACUAGCAGAACUAGUUUUGGAGGAUGGGACGAGCUCGACGGUGCCGGCGAUGACCAGUACAUCGGCAGCAGCAAGCCGCGUUCAGGAACGGGGCCGCCGCCGGAUGCUGCUGAUAACACUGCUACUGGCGGUGCGGCGAGAUCAGUGGGCAGGAGGAGGAGGCCACAACCUGAAACAACAGCUCGGAGGAGGAGACCAAGAAGCAGAGCAGCUGCGAGGAAAUCGUAAGGCUUGACUUGUGUUCCUUGAAGAUCACAUGGAGAAAAUCAACAGUUUCCAAGAGUCGUCUUUUGUCACAAAAAAACAUUGCUGGGAAUAGUUGUAUGGAAUAUGUAAUUUAUGCUAAACUGUUGCGACUUAAUGUGACUGAACUUUAUGUUUUGAAUGCUGCUAACUAUUGGAUGUUGACUUCACAGACUUGUGUUAAUCUGUUGCCAUAAAAAUUGAAUCUUUCGUAA